GGCGCGCGAGUGUGAGCUACGAGAGAGAAGAAGAACCGAUCCGACUCGGAGCUUUCAAAUCGCACAGAGAGAGAGAGAGAGAGAGAGAUUCGAAAACAUGUUCCUGCGAGCGAUCGGACGGCCGUUGUUGGCCAGGGUGAAGCAGACGACAGGGAUUGUAGGGCUGGACGUGGUCCCCAAUGCGAGGGAGGUCCUAAUCGAGCUCUACUCCAAAACCCUAAAGGAGGUCCAGGCCAUCCCCGAGGACGAAGGCUACCGCAAGGCCGUCGAGAGCUUCACGCGCCACCGCCUCAAUGUCUGCCGCGAAGAGGAGGACUGGGAGGCCAUCGAGAAGAAGCUCGGCUGCGGCCAGGUCGAGGAGCUCAUCGAGGAGGCGCGCGACGAGCUCACUCUCACCGGCAAGAUGAUCGAGUGGGAUCCAUGGGGUGUUCCUGAUGAUUACGAAUGUGAGGUGAUCGAGAAUGAUGCUCCAGUUCCCAAGCACGUUCCUCUGCACCGACCUGGUCCUCUUCCUGAGGAGUUUUACAAAACGCUGGAAGGCCUUGCUACAAACCAACCAAAGUUGGAUGAGGCUAAAGUCACCUCUAUUGGUUCAGACGCAAAGGAGUAAACCAUCCGUCGGCAUAUGCUUCUAGGUACUUUGGAUUCCAGAUUUGAAUUGAAGUCUUUUUUCUUGUAUUCUCUCCUGUUUAUUGCUGGUGACAGUGCCUGUUUGCUGGGCUGUAUAAAUUUUAAUCAUGGGAGGAACGCUUGAAUAUUUCAAUUUCUGCGCUUGAUACCAUUGCGAUGUUGUUUACUUAAGUUCCGUCCCUGAUUCCCAUUGAGAAUGAAUAAUGUAACACAGUUUUAGCUCUUCGAGUAUUGGCAUUGGGAUUGUUCGUGGUUUUGGUGUUAUGAACGAUCUCUGGUUCUUGAUUUUGA